AUGGAUUCAAGGGCCAGAAAAUUGGUGAAUCUCGCUAUAAAUAAUGACAGUGCAGAAAUGAAUGAGAAUACAGGUGACGAAGACCCAUUCAGUAAUCCACACAUUUUAGAUGAAACAGUAAGUGACUUUUCUAGUGACGAUUCUGUGGCCGAUCCUAACUACUCUCCAGGUAGUUCUAGCUUACUUACACAACAUAAAGAAAUGGAAAUUGCUGUUCCUAAUGCAUCAGUGGGUAAACAUAUAACGCCAGACUAUGAGACACCUGAAAAUAUUGGAGAUAUUUCAUUGCUACAAUAA